GGGAGGAGUGAGCGCAGCAGAGUACCAGCAGCAGCCAGCAGCCCAGGACCGGUUGAAACCUGUAUCAUGGUGAAACUCAGCAGACAACACCUCUAUGCUGUGUAUCAUCUACCAUAUCCCGCUAUAUCCUGACAAUAGCUGCCAUGGAUGCGUCUUCAGUUAUACAAUAACGUGACAGAAUACAAUUCAGUAAAAUACACUGUCUUGGAUUAUAUUUAUUUGGUGUCUUUCCAAACACACAGCCAGACAGCUUCCAGACAGACAGACCGCCGGUUAAUUAUAACAAACCAGUGGUGUGGCAAGUGUGGGCAUGGUGCAUAGUGAUGUUCACUCUCACAGAGGUUGCAUCCCUGAACGACAUCCAACCGACGUACCGCAUCCUGAAGCCAUGGUGGGACGUCUUCAUGGACUACCUAGGUGUGAUCAUGCUCAUGCUGGCUAUAUUUGCCAUGACGAUGCAGAUCACCAAGGACCAGGUGGCGUGCCUUCCCUUUAUAGAGGAGCCGGAGCAGACGUCAGGGGCGGGGCCUAAACCUUUCUCCACACAAAGUCCAAAGGAGGCAACCACGCAAGGGGUCAAUGGGGCAACGCUGUCCCCCACCCCUCUGAUCAUACCCAAGGACUUACCUGACAGUGAGGUCCACAGGAGCCACGUUUCACAUGCACACACUGCCUCAAUGGCAAAAAUGUAUUCUCAGCCAGCCGGGAUCAGCACCAACCUGGACUAUCAACAAUAUAUCUUUGUCAACCAAAUGUGCUACCACGUUGCCUUGCCUUGGUAUUCCAAGUACUUUCCAUACCUCACCCUUAUCCACACCCUCAUACUGAUGGUCAGCAGCAAUUUCUGGUUUAAGUACCCCAAAACGAGCUCAAAGAUUGAGCACUUUGUCUCCAUCCUGGGUAGAUGUUUCGAGUCUCCCUGGACCACCAAGGCUCUCUCUGAGACCGCAUGUGAGGACUCUGAGGAGAACAAGCAGCGGCUGACGGGGAAGACUACGACUCCAAAACACGCAUCAUCAGAGGGCAAAGAAGAUGGCACGGAUGCAAGCUUGUCCACACCCAUGCUUGGAAACACGGGGGUCAAGUUCUCCGCCGAUAAGCCCAUCGUUGAGGUCCCAAGUAGUAUGACGAUCCUGGACAAGAAAGACGGCGAGCAGGCCAAAGCCCUUUUUGAGAAGGUGAGAAAGUUCCGGGCCCACGUGGAGGACAGUGACUUCAUCUACAAGCUGUAUGUGGCUCAGACCAUUGUCAAAACUGUCAAGUUCAUUGUGAUUUUGUCAUACACGUCCACUUUUAUGGCUUCUAUCGAAUUUGUGCACACAUGUGUGCCCGAAAUCAAACAUCUGACCGGGUACAGCCGGUUCUACUGCACCCACAAUAUGGCUUACAUGCUGCGAAAGCUUCUUCUGAGCUACAUGGCUUUGAUUAUGAUCUACGGAAUGGUGUGCAUUUAUUCUCUUUUUUGGCUAUUCCGGCGGUCCCUUAAAGAGUACUCCUUUGAGAAAGUCCGAGAGGAGAGCAGCUUCAGUGACAUUCCAGAUGUCAAAAAUGACUUUGCGUUCCUGUUACACAUGGUUGACCAGUAUGACCAGCUAUACUCGAAGCGUUUCGGUGUAUUCUUGUCUGAGGUCAGCGAAAACAAGCUGAGAGAGAUCAGUCUUAAUCACGAGUGGACUUUUGAAAAAUUGAGGCAGCUUGUGACGCGAAACCCACAGGAUCAGCAGGAGCUGCAUCUCUUCAUGCUCUCUGGCCUUCCCAAUGCAGUGUUUGAUCUCACUGACCUAGACGUGCUUAAGCUGGAACUGAUUCCCGAGGUGAGGUUCUCAGCAAAGGUUUCUCAGAUGACAAGCCUGCAGGAGCUGCAUCUUUGCCACUGCCCAGCCAAAGUGGAGCAGACUGCCUUUGCAUUCCUUCGUGACCAUCUCCGCUGCCUUCAUGUCAAGUUCACUGAUGUUGCAGAAAUUCCUAAUUGGGUGUAUCUGCUGAGAAGCCUGAGGGAGCUGAAUCUAGUUGGGAAUUUGAGCUCGGAAAAUAACAAAAUGAUAGGUCUAGAGUCCAUGCGCGAUUUGAAACACCUAAAAACAUUAUAUCUGAAGAGCAAUCUCACAAAAAUGCCAACCAAUAUCGCUGACCUCUCACCACAUCUUGUAAAAUUAGUGGUGCACAACGAGGACACCAAAUUAUUGGUACUCAAUAGUCUUAAAAAGAUGACUAACCUUGCUGAACUUGAGUUACAUAGCUGUGAGUUGGAGCGAAUUCCCCAUGCUAUUUUCAGCCUCACCAACCUACAGGAACUUGACCUAAAAUCCAACAACAUCCGAACCAUAGAGGAGGUCAUCAGCUUUCAACACCUCAAGAGGUUGACUUGCCUUAAACUGUGGCACAACAAAAUUAUUACCAUUCCAGCUUCCAUCGGCCAAGUGAAAACUUUAGAGGCACUCCACCUGUCACACAACAAACUGGAGACCCUGCCUCCAGCCUUGUUCUCAUUGCCCAAACUCCGACAUCUAGAUGUGGGCCACAAUUCCAUUACAGUGCUCCCAACUGACGUAGGACUCCUACACAACCUUCAACACCUGGCGAUUAACUCGAACAAAUUGGAGGUGCUUCCCAAACAACUGUUCAGAUGCACCAAACUCAAGGCACUCUGUCUUGGAAACAAUGGGCUCACCGUUCUGCCAGAGACAGUGGGACAACUUGUCCAGCUGACGCAACUCGAGCUGCGAGGGAACUGUCUCGACCGACUUCCUGCCCAGUUGGGUAACUGCCGUUUGCUGCGCAAGAACUGCCUAAUUGUUGAGGACCACCUCUUUGAUGCACUGCCAGUUGAAGUGAAAGAAGGUAUCAGCCGAGAGACAAAUGUUUCCUUCACGAAUGGCUUAUAGCCGAUAAAAGGAAAAGCGGACACACGGAUAGGCUGGCAACUUUGAAAGUUAGCGGCGCCGUCAGGUGGUCCGAAAAAUUAUACCCUUUAAUAAUAUAUAUAUAUUUUCUGAUUAUUUCAAUGAUCAUAAUUAUAGCACAAUAGAUUAGAUAUUGUUCAAUUGGUAAUAGGUAAGAGGAACAGGACAGAGACAAAGAAAAUGACUUAAUGACUUGUGACUUAAUGCAGCUUAGCUUUUAAUUUUUAGCAUUGCUUGUGUUUUAAAACAGCAAAAUAUGUUAUGUUCAUGUUAUAAUAUUCCAUACACCAAAGUUCAUGUACAUGUUACAUUAAUUUAUUGUCCUAGGUACUCAGGUAUAAUUGUAACCGUGGGGAACAGCCUUUUGCCUUAAUUGCUGCUAAAAAUCUUUUACAGUGGGGUCAGACGUCAAAACAAACAGCCCAAAAAAAAUGCAUUUUAGGUUACCAUGAUUUAUAUUAAUCUAUUGUACACUGUUCAUUUGGGCAUUUUCUAUAAAUAUGUAGUGUAAACAAUAAAACUAAAUGGUACAAUCAUUUUUAUAUGCAGAUUAUUAAAUAUAACUUGUUUGUAUUUAUUUCCCCAGGACUUGUAGGCCCCCAAAAAGUGUGCACUUAGAAACAGUCAGAACUGUAGCUUGAGUAGUCUAACUUAUGUGACCGGUACGAGCAACUAUUGGACUUCUGCCUCGUCAGGGCAAAGAUUGUAUUAUUGACUAAGGCCUAAAGUACAGGAAUUCAUCUGUACCUUGAGAUAUGUAUUUGAUUGUUUAGUGAAUGCUUUUGCUAUUACAGCUACAAAGGACAUCCCUACCUUUAUCUUGUCCACUCGUGAUUUUACCCAGAAGAACACAGUCAUCAGAAGGGAGAUAUAUUUUCCCUAACCUUUUCAUGUUUUUGAAAACAUGUUAAUUAUUCCACUAUUAUUGUACACAUGUUAAUUUAUCCCACUAAUAUUGCGAUUGUCCAUGGCUUAAGUGUACAUUUCAGAACAUUGUAAUGAGAACUCGUUUUUUUGUUUGCUUCCGUUCCGAUGUAUUUGUGUAUAAUGUUCAAAGCUGUUUUUCUCAUCUUGACAGCUUCUGUACUUCCUGAAUGAUCACAUGCUCAAAGGUCAGUCUGUUAUGGCACAAUAAAACCAAAAAGUUGAUUGUU